UUUCUCGAGAAAUCUCUUAAGAACUAACUGACAAGAUGGCGACCUGGAAAACAGUUGUGUUGGCACUCUCUUUCUCUCUUGUUUCUUGCGCUAAUUACAAAGAAGGAGACAAGGUGCUGGUGUAUGUUAACAAAGUAGGACCAUACUUUAACCCACAUGAAACUUAUCACUAUUACCAGCUACCUGUUUGUCGUCCUGAUAAGGUGGAGCACAAAAGUUUGACAUUGGGAGAAGUCCUGGAUGGAGAUCGUAUGGCAGUAUCUCUAUACAACAUAACUUUCAGAAAGGAAGUUGCUAAAGAUGAGCUUUGCAAAGUGAAAUACUCAGAAAAAGACCUGGAGCUACUUCGUACUGCAAUCGAAGAUCUGUACUAUUUCGAAUUUGUUAUUGAUGACAUUCCGGUUCGAGGCUUCAUUGGGCAUCUGGAGGAAGGAGGAUUUUUGCCCCACAACCAUAAAGUCUUUCUUUGGGCACAUUUAAGUUUCAACAUUGAAUAUAAUGGCGAUCAUAUCAUCUAUGCCAAUGUCAGUACCAAAGAGCAGGCUCCAAUCAAUCUGGACGGAGUGACAACACCUUUUGAGGUUACUUUUACCUAUAGUGUCCAUUGGUUUCCUAAUGAGCUCAAGUAUGAAGACAGAGGGAAAAGAAUGCGAGAGAACUAUUUUUUCCCAAAGACAUUAGAGAUACACUGGCUGUCCAUCAUCAACUCCAUGGUUCUUGUAUUCCUUCUGAUUGGCUUUGUUGUCAUUAUUUUGACACGAGUGCUCAAGAGUGACUUUGCACGCUAUAACCUGGGUGAGGAUGAUGAGAGUGAUGAGCUGGACCAAGACGACAAUGGUUGGAAAAUAAUUCAGACAGAUGUCUUCAGGUUCCCACCAGCAAAGAGCAUAUUUUGUGCCAUCCUUGGUGUGGGAUCCCAGUUUUUGGCCCUGGCCACUGGAAUUCUCAUGAUGGCCCUUUUGGGGAUGUUUAAUGUUCACCGGCAUGGUGCUAUCAAUGCUGCUGCCAUUGUCCUUUAUGCUUUCACAUCAUGUAUUAGUGGCUAUGUAGCAGCCAACAUGUACAGAAAGAUGGGAGGAGAGAGCUGGGUUUGGAAUAUCAACCUGACCUCUGCUCUUUUUGCUGGCCCAUUCUUCUUGGUCUGGUCAGUGAUCAACUCUGUAGCAUGGGCAUAUGGGGCCACACAAGCACUGCCAUGGACAACUGUUGUUCUGCUAAUGGCCCUCUGGGUCUUUAUUGGAUACCCAUUGACAGUUAUUGGUGGCAUCUUUGGAAAGAAUUGGGCUCAAGGAUUUGAUGCACCCUGCCGUACAAAAAAUAUUGCAAGAGAAAUCCCAUCCGUUCCUUUGUACCGCUCAACCUUGGCCCAUUGUGUUGUGGGAGGAUUUUUGCCCUUCAGUGCCAUUUCAGUGGAGUUGUACUACAUCUUUGCCACUCUAUGGGGGCGGGAACAGUACACACUCUUUGGCAUCCUCUUCAUUGUUUAUGGCAUCUUGCUCAGUGUCACAGCUUGCAUUUCUGUGGCUUUGACCUACUUUCAGCUGUCCGCAGAAGACUACCGCUGGUGGUGGCGUUCUAUCUUCAGUGCAGGUUCGACUGGAUUGUUUGUUUUCCUGUAUGCCAUGUUUUACUACUUCAAACGAUCUAACAUGUCUGGCAUGCUGCAAACAAUUGAAUUCUUCGGAUACACCCUUCUGACCUGUUAUGUCUUUUUUCUGAUGUUGGGCACUGUCUCAUUUUUUGCCUCGCUGAAGUUUGUUCGAUAUAUUUAUGUUAAUCUUAAGAUGGACUAAAAAGAUGGUGUCAUUUUUGGAUGCAAGGUAUGAAGAGCAUCUCUCAUGUGGGUUUGUGGUUUGUCAUCAUCCAUCUUAGGAUAUCUAUCAAGCUGGUCUCUUCAUAGAAGAUCUUAUGUAUUUUUUAAACACAAGACAGUCUGAGAAAGUGUAGACAAGAACCUUGAUGUGCUUAGUGUCUAGUCUUGUAGAGCUGGUGAAGGGUGCUGAUGUAAGGUCUGAGGUUACCAAAGUGAAAAAUGGAAAGAAGAAAGAGAUUAAUGAACAAUCGUGAUCAGUAUCUGUGCAUUCAGCUAACCGCACCAUGGGAAAUUAAACAGCUGCUUGUAAUUUUACAUCAAUACCAUUAGGAAUACAUCCCCCUAAAAAGUUGUUUAAGGGAGUUUUUAAGAUGCAGUUCCUGGUUACAGUGGGGGUGUUGUACAUAAAUUCAGUCCCUUCAGAAAAAAAAAGUUUCUUCCCCUUUUGACUUGACUUUGACCAUGGCAGAUGACUUGACUACGGCAGAUGGGUUUUCAGCUGCUCAGUAUGCUGCAGUAUGUCAUCCUUAUUUUUGCUGAUCUUGCUUGGGUCGUGCUUUAAACACAAUUGUUUACAGAGAACCAGCCACAUUUUUACAGUCCAGAGGCAAGCAUGCUGUUUGUGAUCAGUUUUGGUUUUUUUACAAAUUCCUUUUGCUUUGCUCUCUCUUAAUAGGAGAGCACAGUAAGCCACCUGCAAUUUUCAACAACAGCAUACAAAAUAUGUUAGCUUAACAGUAUAACUAAAUCAUUAACUGCCAUUUUAUUAAGGAUGUUUUUAGAUUUCAAAAAUGGCAAGUGAGUAAACUUUUAAAGUCUCUUUUCAUAAGGAAAAAGUAUAUAUAUAUAUCUGUAAAUUAUUGGAAUAAACAGUGGUUAUUCAUUUUUGUUUGAACUUUUCCAGCAAGUGGGUGAAUCGCUUGUUAUUAUGUCUGUAGAGUGGUGCAUUUCUGUUCAAUGCAUGCAAGGGUUUGACCUGGAGAUGUUCACAUUUAGCAAUUAGUGUGUCACUAUUUGAAAAAAGAUUUAUUUCAUUUGUGUUGUGUGCAUGUGCUUGAAUGCUGUUUGAAAAUGUGAGGAGAUUUCAUUAAUUUUUUUUAUGUCUAUGCACAAAAUCUGUCUAGAAACAAUGGGAAGUCUGGCUGUGGAUUAAAGGACCUGAGAAAUUGUAAAUUUUUUAGACUGUAAUUCUGUAUUUUCCUGAAAAGCUUGUGAUCUGAUCUAAAGCUUAUGAUGUUCAAAAUGGACACUCAUGUGAUAGUGAUUGCUACCUUUUCUUUGUUUGCCCCUGAAAUAAAACUUCUGUAAUAGGGGGACAUCUGUCACUUUGUUGCAACUUUGAGCAUCAGCGUUAGUACAUCAGAGAUUUACCAUAGCAUGAAUAGUGAGAGUGUUUGGGAACCAUGGAUUUUGUGACCUGCUCAGCGAAAGACUCUUGUUAUUAGUUGUUAGUCCCCAUUUUUCUAGGUUUGCGUUUCAGUCUCUCCUUGCUGUUGCUUCUCAAGUUUAUUUUAAUCUGGCCUGGGUACUUCCACCAUUACUCACCAGGCCAAAGGAAAUGUUAGAAACUUGACAGUCUGGUCAUGUGAUUGAUAUUUAUAACCAGCAGCAACUGCUGUAACUGGUGUAUUCAUAUAUCUGUCUUUGUUUUGUGGAUGUUAACAUUGUCCACAAAGUCUAGUUGAAAGAAUAGUGUCUUCAUGAACAAUGGUUAUAGAGGGCCAUAUUUAUUGUACAAAAUGCUUAUAUUAUGAAAAUAUAUUACAGUUUCCUUAUGGCACCAUUAAAUGCAUAGGAAUCUUCUCACUGCUGACUACAUCACAGGAAAAUACAUUUGAAAGUGACUUGGUGUUCAAAGCCAAAUUAUUUGAGUGAACUGUUUGUUGUGAAGUGGGUCAUGAUUUUGCUUUCUGCUUUUUCUGUAAUGGCAUGACAGAUUGAACAAAUGCAGAGCAAAGAUUAGUGUACACCUCACAGCCAGUACUUUUGUAAAGUACUUUCUGGAAACUUGAAAGUAUCAAAUGAUUUGAAAGUAUAUUACCCAUCAACAUGAAACAGUUUAUUUUAAAAGUAGACUUCCCCCUCGCUGAAGAUUUACCAACAUUCUUUUAAUUAAAUGUUGUAACAGCUCUUUAUGAAAGAAGUAUUAACUUUCAAUCUCAUCACAGAUCCAUUUUUUUUUUCAUCUCAAAGAAGUUGAGAGAGCUAGGUACUGUAUGUAUCUUGAUAAAUUGCCUUAGAAUAAAUUGCUAAUAUAUAUUUCAAGUUUGGUGGUGUUUGGUUUUAAUUCCCACCUUAACUGUCCCAUUUUGACACAAUUGAUGUACUUUUUUUAGAUCAUCAAAAUAACAGUUCAUAUUUAUAUUUUAUAAAUCUCAUUGCUUAAACAGUCAGUGUUGUGUAUAAAUGUGUACCCCAUGUUUGGCAAUCAUAAUGUGAGUGUACUUGCAUAUCACACUUCCCUGCCCAUUCAAGGGUGGUCCUGCGGUGCAACUGUUAGCACCUGUGAAGAUUAUCUGUCCUGAGUGCAGCUUUUGUCUUGGGCAUACUGUUUCUGUGCAUGUGGCAUCUGUUUACAUGCUGUGAUAUAGCCUUAGUUGCUGGCUUGGUGUAAAACAUCAAUUCCCCUCCCCACUUCCCAUUUAAGACAUGCUGACUUCACUUUCGGGAAGUACUGUUAAAAACGAUGUUUCAUUAUUGCUAAGAUGGUGGCAAAGAAGAGAUGAGGAUGGUGGAUGCAGGAAAAUGUAGAUCCUUAGUCUUGAUAUUUUGACAUGUUGAAUAAAAUCCAAUUGAGGUCAGCAAGAUCAAAAUAGAUCAGCAGGUUUUUUUCAGUGCAUUGUCAGGUGCUCUCUGUCACAGUUGUCAAAAAAGCUUGGCAGUUAAUAGUGGUAGGUCAUGAAAAUCACCACUCAACAAAAGUUGCAAAUGAAAAAGGUCACAGGUGAUGAAAAAGUCCAACAUAAGGAUGAAAACAUCAGCGCCAAAUGUAGGAAAGCAACAGGCACUAAAAUCAGAAAUAGUCUUACAGAAGAAAGGAAAAAUUCAGAGAUCACUCCCCCCCGCCCCCCACUAAACCUCUAAAGCAGGUUAGACAAAAGGAGGUUGCACGUAAGAAUUUUUCUGACAAAAGGGACAAAAUCAGAUCUUGAAACUAUUUUUUUUGAGGGGAGUUACAUUCCUUACAGAUUUGAGUGUUUCUAGAUGACCCUUUCUUUUAUAUAUAAAGAUCAUAG